AUGUUCGAUACUCAAUCCACUGGUGGUUCCUCACUUGUCUCUGUACAUCCAGAGUACUUGGACGGGCAAACACCACGUCGCUCAACCAAUGAACCAACUAUGGCCACAGAAGCAAGUCCAACAUUUCUUACUGCACGUUCCUUGCUGACACAGGGACAUACCGUCAAUAAUUCAUUUGAAUCACAUGAUGAAUACAACAAUGCAAAUAUAAACGUACAGAAUAGUGACAAUCGUACCUCAAGGGCAUGGAAUGCCGUUCGUAACAGGGCAGCGGAUGUAGUUCGACGUGCUACCAAAGGUGCUAACAAUCUUAUUGAACGAUUACUAGAGCCGCAUGGAACAGAUAGUAAUAACACUAACAAUGCAGGAGACGGAAGGAAUGGCACUCUUUCUCUGCAACUUGUAUGUAUGAAUGGGACAAAUCCAACGUAUUCUAACCCAGCACUUCUGACGAACUUUGAUGAAGAUGCUUUCAAUGGUGAUCCAUCUGCAGACCCAAACAAUGAAAAAGAGGAUUAUGUUGAAGAAGAAGAAGAAGAAGAAGAGGAAGAUUUAGAACCAUUGCGUGUUGAGAUUGAUCUCCCUUCUACUCUACGAGCCUAUCGCAAAAAUCCUAAUGAGUGCUUUGGUCACCUUGUUGGUGCUGCCCUCUCAAGCCGUUCUCCUGAGGAUCCGGUGACGGGUGUUGAACUUCGAGAAGCGCGACGUAAUCCAUAUCUUGUGCGAAUGGUAAUUGACUCCAACUUGCUUGACCUCAAUGAUGAGUUAGUGCAUUCAGAGGUGCAACGUUGUGUGGAUAGUUUGAUUCCACCUGAAGUACAGCGAGUUCCACAGGGUGUUUACGAAUAUCUUCCUUCACUUUUUAAAUUACCAUUUGUACGCCUUAAUUCAAAACAGUAUGAAGUAUUAAAAGAUAGCGGUUUUGAGUUUGUAACUUUACUUUGUGAAUAUCCUCAUAUUUUACCACCAGGUCGAUUCAACUCUAUUCGAUUAAACUAUGUUAAUCGAAGUUGGUAUAUUGACUUAUUCUUGAUGUUAGUAAAUAUUUUUACAGAAAUUUUUUGUAUUACUAGUAUUGUGCUUGUAACUGUGCAUUAUAUGAUGGUUGAUGGAGGUGAAUAUCAAAGUUAUGGUUAUUAUACAGUUACCAUGUAUGGUGUGGGUUAUGCUGCAAAUCUUAUUGGUAUGAUUUUCUUAAUGAGAGGAAAGGAACGAGAUACAGUGUAUGGUAAAAUGUUGUGUGGGUUUCCAUCCCCACAUCUCCAUGUGGUACCAGUAGUGCCAUUGUAUAAUAUUGUUAGCUUUAUCACUUAUCUUCGAUACCGUAUGGCAAAGAGACGUGGAGGACAUAUUGCCGUUAUACAUGAUAUUCUUAUUGCUCAGAUUCUUUCAAGUCUCUGUUUCGCUCUUUGUUUAGCGAUGCCACAAUUUAUUUUUCAACGUUAUAUUAAUGCGGCUGAUGUUUAUAUACCUGUAAGAAUAGGUCAUAACUAUUCCUUUGUACUUCUUUACAUUGCAGUCAUUUCCACAUGUUUUAUUGUAUUACUUCGUAUGCUUCGAGUAUUUUUGACGUAUGAUUCUAUAAACUGUUUUGGAUUUGCUUGUUUUGGAUUUCACGGUGAUAGAAUUAUAGAGCGACACUCCGCGAUAUUACGUAUGGUGUAUCUUUGUUGUUUAUUCGUAUUUGAGUUAAAUGUCUUUUUCCUAGUAUUGGGUUCUAUGGGUGUUUCCGAUUGUGCGGGGAAAGCUGUAGUUACAAUUGUAAUUAGUGGCAUUAGUACCUUUCUUCUUGUCCUCGUGUUUGGGUUUCUACUUUUAUGGCAUGAAACUGUAUUCCGUAUUAUGUGGUCUUUGAUUCCACUAACACUUUUACAGAUUGCGUUAUUAGCAUAUAAGUCUACUGUAUCAGCAGGGACAUGUGAGCUUAUCACCGUAGCAAAAGGGAGUUGGCUUUUAUUUCCUGAUAUUAUAUGGGCACUAUUGUUCUUUUUUCUUCUUCUUCUCCUGAUCCAAGGAAUAUAUGUGUUUGUUAAGGGUAGAAUGCUCAGAAAGUCUAACUAA